GGAGGUUGUUUUAAACGCCGGAGCCCCGCAGCCAAUCAGGCCGCUCUCGUAGGCAGCCAACGCGAGGCUGAGCCGCGCCGAGCCCGCGCCGUGCCCUGCGCUCCGCUCCCGCACACUGCCGCGAACAAUACAGAGUCAGGAUGGCUAAAGGUGACCCGAAGAAGCCCAAGGGCAAGAUGUCUGCCUAUGCCUUCUUUGUGCAGACGUGCCGUGAGGAGCACAAGAAGAAGAACCCAGAGGUUCCCGUCAACUUUGCAGAGUUCUCUAAGAAGUGCUCGGAGAGGUGGAAGACUAUGUCAAGCAAGGAGAAGGCUAAAUUUGAUGAAAUGGCAAAGGCUGAUAAGGUACGAUAUGAUAGAGAAAUGAAGGACUAUGGCCCAGCUAAGGGUGGCAAGAAGAAGAAGGACCCCAACGCCCCAAAGCGACCACCGUCUGGCUUCUUCCUGUUCUGCUCAGAGUUCCGCCCCAAGAUCAAGUCCACAAACCCUGGUAUAUCCAUUGGGGACGUAGCAAAGAAGCUUGGUGAGAUGUGGAACAACCUCAGCGAUGGUGAAAAGCAGCCUUAUAACAAUAAGGCUGCUAAGCUGAAGGAGAAGUACGAGAAGGAUGUUGCAGACUACAAGUCUAAAGGAAAGUUUGAUGGCGCAAAGGGAGCGGCAACCAAAGCUGCUCGGAAAAAGGUAGAGGAAGAAGACGAAGAGGAGGAGGAGGAUGAAGAAGAGGAGGAUGAAGAUGAUGAUGACGAAUAAAACUGUACUAUACUUGUCUCCAUGUGAAUACCAUAGAGUAGGGGAAACACCGUAAACGCGGCACCUCUCAUUUGAGAUGGCGCCUCUUGCCCUUAUUAGGCUUAAUUAAAAGAAAAAAAGAAAUAAUUUGGAUUCCGAUCGCGUUGUAGUUUCUAAAAGUGCUCUAGAAAUUGUAACUGGUUUACAUGAAGUGGCCAUGGGUGUAAUUAACACCCUGAAACUGUAUCAAAGUUGUACAUAUUUCCAAACAUUUUUAAAAUGAAAAGGCCCUCUAGUGUUCUCCUAACUCUGUGCACUUUGCUGUUGGUGUAACAAAGCAUUUAAAAAUGUUUCAAGCAUUUUUUUAAUUUGUAAGGUGGUGUUACUAUAUGGUUAUUGGCUAGAAAAUCCUGGGUUAUAAACUGUACAUAUCUAUAGUUUGUAAAAACUAGACAGAUUCUUGUGGUACAUGCUUAGAGUUAUGAUGCCUUAGAGGAGCAGUGAUUACUGGAGAGGCCGUACGUUCCCCGGGGUGCCAUGGCCCGAAGCAUGCACUGUGAGGGUAGAUCUAUUUACACUACAGUGGGCGUCCAUUUAGCUUCAAGUUGUCUUUCUGUAUAUAGUGAAAUAGCAUUCUGCUGCCAUUCUUAGUUGUGGAAGGGGGUUCAGCUGGCAUGAGAAGUGUACGGAUUUUUUUAGUUAAGUGCGGUAGUUUUUAAACUGAAACUGUAGACAUCUCUUCAUCGUCAAACUCAGUGAAGAGCCAGUGCAGCAAACUCAAGUUCAAAAACACUCUGUACUUAAAAAUGAAUUUGCAACGUUCUGGGUUUUUUUUUGUUUUUUUGGUUUUGUUUUUUUGGUUUUUUUUUUUUUUUUUGUAUGUUUAGAAUGCUGAAAUGUUUUUGAAGCAAAAUAAACAGUAUUACAUUUUUAAAACUGUUCUUGACGACACUCGGAAUUUCUGGUUUUUAAAAAGGAUCUUGAGAGGUUCAUUUCGAAGUCUGUGGCAUCCCUCAGGGCUGGUGACUUAGGAAACAUUCUGACUCAAGGAUUAACCAUAAAAAGAUAAAUGGUGGCCAGCCAAAACUGGCUGAAUUGAAAGAGAAAAGGCUGCUCCAGCUAAUAUGCAAUGCUAACUGUUUAUGGCUGAGUGGCAUAAGAUGCUAUGCAAGUUUGAACUUUAUUACUUGAACUUGGGAGCCUAAAUGAACAUUCAUGACGUAAUUGUUUGUUUGUGUGUGUAUAUAGCAGCAUUCAAGAGAUGCAGAGAAAGGUAGGUGGCUAGGAAUGAGGCUGAUACUAUGGAAUAAGUAUAAAAGCAUAGAUUGGAUUUUUUUUUUUUAAUUAUUUUUAAUUUUUUUUUCCAGUUGUGUUGGGUAAAUUUAUAGCCCGAAUGCAUUGCUGUACAUAUUAAAAUGUGCCUUUUUUGUCCUGUGUUAAACUGUUUCAGACUUGUGGUUUUUUCUAGCAUCUUAACCCUCGGCAGGAGCGAGGCGCCUGGGCUGGCUGCUGCACUAGGAGUGUGCUGCAGGUGCUCCGCUCUGUGUCCUUCCCAUUGACACCAGGUGACCGGGUGCUGCAGGGCAGGGGCAUGGCACACCUCUUUCCCUCCGCAUGCACUGACCGCAGCACAGUGCAGACCUGAUCUUCCCAAUUCCAGCGGGCUGUCCCCCUGCCUGGGAUCGAGCUGCCGUGUGCUCAGUCCAGGUCUGGUGGCUCUGACCCUCUCCCUCAUGUCCUGGCUGUGGCUUGCAGCCCGUCUGCUUGGCCAGGAGGAGGUGGGCAUUCAGAUGUGCUCACGGUGACACCGUCAGAUGCGCGCUGCCGCAUGCUGCCCGCUUGGCAGGAGAGGAUAAGUGCUCUGUGGGUAUAUGGGUGCUGCCAGCUCUGAGCCCAACUGCAGAUGCACAAGGGCCGGGCUUGCAGGCAGGAGGAGCAAUGAUGGUGAGGAGAAGCAGCUUCAUCGCCUGACUGGGCGUGUGUCUGGCUUUCUGUGACCUCUCGAUAACUGCGGUAUUGUGGCAAAACACUGAUCUAAUGUUGAGAUAGAGUAGGACCUGAGAGCAGAAACAAGUUAGAAACUUUUAUGGAGUAUAACCGCACGUGGUGAUUUUAUUUUUUUUUUUUCUCCUUUUUUAUGGUUUAGUGUUGGUUGGAUCUUGGAAAUAUUUCUGUAAUUGCUUAAUGAUGGCAAUUCUUAAAUGUCUUUAAUGAACUACAACAAAAGAAGUGUGAAAUUGGCUCCCAUUUUAUGGGAAGUUGUGUUUUAAAAAGGCUGAAUAAAACCGUGCCUG